AAGAGGAGGAUGACCUCGCUGAAGACUUCGCUUCCAUAGCUGAACUGGUUCUGUGGCGGCAUGUUUCAAAGAAGAGGAAGGCAGUGGUUGAGCCAUCGUCUGGUGCUACGGAGGGGCUUGAAGAAGUGGAAGGUGUUCCUAAAUGGAUUUCUCUCUUCAAAAGGCAUGCUAAAGGCUUAAAAUAG